CUGAUUGCUUGAUGCGCGGCUUGGUUGGUCCCUGUAGAGGUCUCUGCCGAUAUGCACACAGACGCACCAGGCACCGAAGCCAGGCAACCCCCAAGUCAGAUGGAUGAAUAGAUGAGUAUAUAUGUAAUAGAGGUAUGUAUGUCUGUACACAUCGAUCCCGCACACACCAGCACCAUACCUAGGCAGCGAGCCAGCUGUUGGAUAUAUACACAUAAAGCUAGGAGCGAGACCCAUUAAUGGAAUGCAAUACAAUAUGGUGAGUGAGGCGUGGAGGAAAGGCCAUAAAAGCUCUUCUCCAUGAACACACACACACAUCACACAACACAACUCUGCCAUGAUAGCGUCGGUCGGUUGAACACACAGUCAGACAGCGAGGCGGGCAGGUAGUCGAUAUCAAUGAGGAAGCUAUGCUAUGCAGUGAGGGGUCAAAAAGCCAUAAAGGCGGCCUCUGGCUGACACGGACACACAGCAACAAAGUCUUAAAUCAACCACUGGCCCCAUCCCCCUGCCGUCUGUCUGCCAUGAUAUCCUGCCGGCCGUCAACACAUGUAUUCGACCGCGCCACAGCCCCACCAUAGCGCCCACAGAGGGUCGAUCUGCCGUCACGAGAAUAUGGCGGGGCUCCAGCCGGUGAAGGCCUGACGACACAGCCGGCUGCAGGGUCUGUGCACAUUGCCGGCAGAUGCAGAAGUGGUUGCACGGCCGCAGCACCACCGAUCGCUCCCUCUCCUGGCACACUUGGCAGUCGGUGGCCUCCUCUCGGGCCCUCCGGUUGCUCUGCUGCAUCUCCUGACGCAGCUCGGCCUGCAUCUUCUGCUGGGCGGCCUGCUGAGCCUUGACGAUGAGCGACUGCAGCUGGGGCAGCUCUGAUGUGGUGAAGGCCAUCUGACGGUCGACCAGCUGCAUAGCGAAGCCGCUGAAGACGUCAGCGGUGGUCAGGCCAUUGAAGGUCUCGGUCAACCUGAAUGACACACAUCAUCACAUCAAAGGGCAUGCAUUGGUGUUGCCCGCCUUUGCGUGAUUGGGUACUGACCUGUCGAUCUGGUUGCUGCGUAGCUGAUCUAUGUCGGCCUGCAGCGCACGAUUGGCCUCGCCAACACUGAUAGACACAGAGAGAAAUGAAUGUCAUGGCGUCUUGUCAAAGUGUGCGUCGGCCGCCUGUCGUGUGUGCACCUGGCAUUCUCCUCUCUGAGCGAUGUGACCUCCUGUCUGAGCGACUCCUCCCUCCCGGCGGCAGCCCUGACACGUCACACAGAGUGAGUCCCAUUCCUUGUAUUGUGGAGGGUGAGAGUGCUGUGUGGCUGACUGACCUCUUGUAUCUGUCAAGGUGGUGUUGGAGCUGCCCCAUCUCGGCCUCCUUCUGCUGCCGGAGAGACCUCUCGCGAUCGACGUCACUGCAAACACGUACACAGAGAGUGAGGUUGAGGUGCAUAUGACCUUGUUUGUCUCCUGUGUGUGUAGAUACCUGGUGAGCCGCUGAUGUUGUUGGCUGAGCUGCUGGCGGUGGGCCUCAUUGGCUUGACGCAUAUCGGCCUGGAGCCGCUCGUUGGCCGCCAGAGUGUCGACGACGGUCUGCUCACCAGCCAUCUGAGCCUCACGCAAACUGCAGACAGCAACAAAGGAGGGAACAGUCAGUUGGAUGGGUGCACCGAUGCAUGUGUACCGCUCGCUCUCCUGACGGGCCGCAUGAAGCUGUUGCUGGAGGGCGGCUUCCCUCUCCAUCGACUCACGCCUAUAGUCCGACACCACAACCACGGUGGUGAAUCCCUCCCCACUUCGUUCUUCUCUCAUACCUCGUCGCCUGGCGUUGCCGGUCUCUGCGCCUCAACUCAGCCUCGAGCUCAGCAACCCUGACAAGACCAGAUACACCGUCAGUGUGUGACCACACCCCAUCAAUCGCCUCACCUGGCCCGCAU